AUGUCUGCAGUCGCUGCUUCGCCAAAUCGCCCGCAGACAAAUCCUGUUCCUCCUUCACCACGUCGUCAAGUAUCGCAAUCUCAACACUCCCGCUCAGCCUCCGCCUCUGCGGCACCGUCCCAGCUCGCGAACGUCGCUAGGAACGAUUAUGAGCAGUCAAAUAUAGCACAGAACACCUCUUCUUCCCGUCAUCCUGCCCGCUCCGAUUCGACGCGAAACGCCGCUCCGGCUAGUCAAUCGAGAUACCAUUCUCAGGAAAUGCAGUCCUCUAACUCAAACGGCACCCAUGCUGCUGCUGCCUCUGGAACUAACGUCCGUCGGCGAACCACCAUCGACGCAACCACUGGUCACUGGGAUCUUGGAAAGACGAUCGGUGCGGGAAGCAUGGGAAAGGUGAAGCUGGCUCGCAACAAGGAGACUGGUGAACAAUCAACCGACGAACAUCGCAACGCACAAGACCGAGAAAGAGCUGAUCAUUCCAAAGAAGUACGCACAGCCCGCGAAGCUGCUAUUGUCACCUUGGUUGACCACCCGUACAUCUGCGGCAUGCGCGAUGUCGUUCGCACGAACUACCACUGGUAUAUGCUUUUCGAGUAUGUCAAUGGCGGUCAGAUGCUUGACUACAUUAUUUCCCAUGGUCGCCUGAAGGAGAAGCAAGCGCGUAAAUUUGGUCGCCAGAUUGCAAGUGCGCUCGACUACUGUCAUCGCAACAGCAUCGUGCAUCGAGAUCUGAAGAUCGAAAACAUUCUGAUCAGCAAAACUGGCGACAUCAAAAUCAUUGAUUUUGGCUUGAGUAACACCUUCUCACCCAAGGGCCUCCUGAAGACGUUCUGUGGUUCCCUCUAUUUCGCCGCGCCCGAGCUUUUGCAGGCAAAAGCUUACACCGGUCCUGAAGUUGAUGUCUGGAGUUUUGGUAUUGUCUUGUAUGUCCUCGUCUGUGGCAAGGUUCCGUUCGAUGAUCAGAGUAUGCCUCAGUUGCAUGCCAAGAUCAAGAAGGGAGCAGUAGAGUAUCCGCCUUGGUUGAGUGCAGAGUGCAANAACCUGAUCGCUCGCAUGCUUGUCACUGAUCCCUCACAACGCGCUACUCUUGCGGAAAUCAUGGUACAUCCUUGGAUGACGAAAGGAUUCGGUGGACCUCCUGAAAACUACCUGCCUCCUCGCAAGCCACUGCAGCUGCCACUGGAUCCACGAGUUCUUCAGAAGAUGGAUGGCUUCGAUUUUGGUACUGCGGAAUAUAUCGAGCAGCAGCUCACCAAGAUCAUACAAUCCGAGGACUACCAAAAGUCUGUGGUUGCAAUGGAGCGUCGCCACCAAUCCGGCCUCUCGGACUCGCAGAACAAGCAAGGUAGCAUGUUUGACUUUUACAAACGACGAAAGUCCACGACAAGUCGCGACACUCUUACUGGACCCUCUUCUGAAGCUGUUCAGCUGGGCUCAGACCCUCUGAAUGCUUACAAUCCACUGCUUUCCGUGUACUUUUUGGCCAAGGAGAAGAUCGAGCGCGAGGAAAGAGAGUCCAACCCAGGCGCUCUAGCUAUGCCACGGUCGCCUGGUGAAAAGCCAUUGCAGCUGCCUGAUCUCCAGCCACCAGCGGCUGCUUACACAAACAGUGCUACUUACGAGAUGGCUGGAGAGGCACCAACAGGAGGCAGAAGUCGUCCUCGAGCUAGGACACAUGGUGAAGAAGAUAUGCAGGAUGACGCAAAGAAGGCCAGAUCCACCAACCGCGCGCCACCGGUGCCAUCUCCUGCCAUUGUUCUUCCGCCACCCGAGCAUACGCCUGUGAAGAAGGAGAGCGCUGCAGUGGGCCUGCUCCGCCGACUGAGCACCAGAAGGCACAAGGACCCCGAAAGACCAGCCCCAGCAGCAACCAACGAUGCCUUUACUACCCCUAAGAAAAGCUUCAGCAUGAGGAGACAGCGAGAUCCAAGCGCCAACAGACUACACCCAGAACCUGUUAUUGAGAAGCCAGCAGAACUACUCACGCCAACCCCCGAGCGCGUCACUCUAGGGCGCUCUACCAGCGUCAGUGCUGCCGAGCACAACCGCGAUAACACUCGCCGAGGAGUCUCUGAAGGAUCCAGCGCUCGACCAACAGCAAUGACCCCUCAACCUAGUAGACGCGGCGACAGAAGCUAUGGUGAUGCUUCUUCAGACGCCGAAGCCUCGGGUUCAAGAACAAUGCCGCUCACUUCGAGAACAAAGUCGAUGGGUCACGGUCGCAAGGAAAGCUUCCAGGCACGCAGGGCUAGAAGAAUGGACACUCGCACCGAAGACGUACCGGAAGAGACAGACCAAGAUCUCAGGGAGGUUGAGGCAUCUCAUGCAACCAACAGCGCUGGCGAGAGCCCGAACGGCAUCAAGCCUGUGUAUCUUAAGGGCUUGUUCAGUGUAUCAACAACCAGCUCAAAGCCUUUGGCUGUGAUUCGAACAGACAUCAUCAGAGUCUUGAAACAACUUGGUGUCGAGUAUCGCGAGAUCAAGGGUGGGUUCAGUUGUCGCCACGCUCCUAGUAUCGACAUGGAGAAGCCGAGGGACGACCAAGCAGCGGCAGGUUACGGGAGUCAUAGGCGAAAGAUCAGCUUUGGUGGCUUGAUGGGAGGAGGAGGCAACGCCGAUCCAGCUACACCCACACCUCCGCGUCCCAGAAGAGACAACAGCUAUACUGCCAGCGACAGCUCUGAUGAUGAGGAUGUACGACGGGUCCGUGGUCAGCAGCAUAACCGAGCAGCUGGUGAAACAUCAACACACGUGCAGAGCGAUCUCGGCGAAGGCAUGGUUCUCAAGUUUGAGAUCUUCGUGGUAAAGGUACCUUUGUUGAGCCUGCACGGUAUCCAGUUCAAGAAGGUGGACGGUGGUACUUGGCAGUACAAGAACAUGGCGCAAACCAUCUUGAACGAGCUGAAGUUGUAG